AUGGCUGAGCUCACAACCUUCCAAAAUUUGCAACUCCAGCCCUGGGUCACUUGGCCACACCCAGAUACCUACAAGAACAACAAGACGUUGAAAGAGUGUAUCGGUGAGGAUGAAUACGGCGAGGCCUGGGUUGAGUCUGGACUCUCAAACGCGACUUCAGUAAAAUCAUUCUCCACUGCUCUUACAAGACAGGGAACAUCCUCAACGGCGCCUUCAACCGCCGCUAGAAGGAAUGAAUAUGAUCUCGGCCUGACUACCCUCGAAAUAAGUUACUUUGUCACGGCAUUCGGACAGGCGGAGAAACAGCUGGGGAUUGUUCACCAACGAAACGGGGAGGCUUACCUUCCUGAAAGCGUCGAGGGACUCAAGAUGCGGGCAAUGAUGAUUGUAAAGAGUGUCCAAGACCAAAACACCGCGAGACAAGAUCGAAUGAAGAGCAAGAUCCAAAAGCGAAACGCUCACUGGCAGCACGCAAUGGCAAAGGCAGCGGGAUUGCGGAAGGAGGUGUCUCACGUAUGGACCGGGUUGGAUCCAGUGGAUGCCGAAAAGCGCUGGCUCAGGAACCGUUGCGUGUGA